AAGAGGUUGGCCAAGGAAUUGGAAAUAGUCAGAAAGGGUGAGCCACUGCUGUAUUUCAACUUGCAUUCGAUUGCAGGAAAAUUGCGAUUCCUCUUUGGAAGCAUAGAAGGACCACCUGGUUCACCAUACCACGGCGGCAUCUUCCACCUCCUGAUCAUAGUCUCAGAAGGCUAUCCCUUCAAGCCCCCAUCGUUCAGGUUUCUCACCCGUGUCUACCAUCCUAACAUCAAUGCUAGCGGCGAGAUUUGCGUAGAUGUUCUCGCCAAUGCGUGGGGUCCUCAUUCUCAUCUACAGGCCGUGUUGAUCUCUCUCACUUCACUCCUAGUGGAUCCAGGACUCGAGGACCCACUGGUUCCAGAAAUUGCGGAGCAGUAUAUACGCAACCGGGCUUUAUACGAAGAAUGUGCGCGAAAGUAUACUCAGCAAUUUGCUAGGGAC